CUCCUCCCCGCUCGUGCGCUCUUUUCGGUGUCACAUGUGAAGCGGCGGUCGGCAAGAAUGGGUUCGUCGCCGCGAAAGGACGUUUCCGAGUCAAGGUGAUGGUCACGGACGCCAGGUGCAUUGAUGUUGAAUGCGUGACUCUUACAACAAACCAAUUUCAGCAACUUUUGUUUUGCACUUCCUGUUCUCGGUUGUUGGCCACGGCUAGAUGAUUACGAGACCCCAUCAGCAGACAUUUUCCCUUCUUUCUACCGUUCAAAUCGGCGCACGAACCCUUCUUUCAAGUAGAAACCAACCACCUGAGUAGACACUUUUGUUCACAACUACUCCUCGUCCACCGACCUACACCUAGUAGGCUCGAUUUCGAAUGCUUACGGUUAUGAGCCCGUAAAAUUAGAUUGCCGCGCGGUUGCAGUAGCGUAUUGGAUUUCGACGUCGCGCAAAGGAGACGAGCAGGGCAAACCGCUUGUAACACACGUUACAAACGCACUCAUGCGUUUUUCCCAGACCCGUAAAACAACUUGACCUGAUAGUUCGGGUUUGCCCCUCCGGAACCAUGAUUAGAUAGCUAACUCCUCUCUGAUCUAAAUUUCUUUUGUUGAUCCGCAGUCUGUGGCCCGCUGCCAGUUUUCCCCAACCCCGAGCACAAGCGCUUCCAUCCGAUAGGCCACACGAAAACUGCGUACUAGUCUUGGUUUCUGAUUCUCUCCUGUGCUUCCGCGGUCUGUGGCCCGCUGCCAUUUCCUCACAACCCCGAACACAAGCGCUUCGACCUGAAAGGCCACACGAAAACCGCGCCGUACUGGCCCACGAUGCUGGGCUACGUCCUCCCCUUCAGCGUCUCCUGCAACCCGGUGGUCGCCAUGCCGCUGGCGCUCGUCGAAGGGGUGCCCUGCGGAAUCCAGGUCGUAGGGCGCAGCGGCGCCGAUGAAGAGCUCUUAUCGGCAUGCGCCCUUCUGGAGACGUGUCUGGGAUCGCUCCCGCGCCCCGAAGACGUGAAACACCCGCGACUAAGGACUCCCGUCGCACGACUAUGAGGUAAUGCUUAGCUACUCGGUUCGUCCCACGGUUGCUUUCUUUGCCCGUUCGGAAGAAAAGGACUGAAGUUCUCUUGCUCUGAGCACUUUCACCAUCUGAAGUUUUAGGAUUACGACCUUAAGCCGUUCGAGCGUCCACAUGCAUUCGUUUGAAGGAGACUUCGAUGAGCCAUCUCAUCAGAUAAACACCUCUAACGCGGACGUGUGUGAAGCGCUUGCUUCGGUCUUUAGACAAGCCGGUGAUUGAUGUGCACAUCGGUCAGCGGAACGGCGGAACUAGUUUUGGCAUAGCAGAACGCCGGAACGCCGGUAAUGAAGUCGUUGCUUGUACGGAUUGCAAUUUUUGGAGCUCACGCCGAGUCAACGAGGUGGGCAGGCAGAUCCGGGGCCGGGGCACACAGGUACUAAGGAGCACGUCAGGAGUCAGGACCUGGAACCUGAUGGAUCUCCCGUCAGUAAGAAAGUCAGUAUGGAAAACGGAUCCUCAAGAGUCCCACGAGUGCGGACAGGACUUUGCCCCGGGGCGCUUCUGCGCCCAGGGGUGCAGGCCAGCUUCCCCACAAGGUAGUACUAGGGAUGAUAAAGCACCCGGUACAACUUUGCACGACUAUUCUGACAUUUUGCAGUUUCGGACCCCGGCCCCCUGGGUCCGCGGUACGACUCGUUAGCCUUCGGUCGCCUUUAAUACGUCAGCUUUUCUGACCAGAAUACUAGAAUAUACAGUCUACUGAAGUUGUUUCGCAUCUCUGAUUUGGACCCCUGUACUUUGCACAUACG